UUGACAAAAUGAAAUGAUAGAAGUUAGGGACACUGCUGGACAAGAUGAUGCGAGUUGAAAGCAUGGUUUGCAAACUAAUCGUGGACUUCAGAGUUGAAGAAGACAUGCUUCUGAUUAUUAAGGAGGCUGCAUCACUUGCCAUGUCAGAUCUUGCUACUGCUGUUUUCACAGAAUUUACUUCACUCUCUGGUAUAAUGGCCCGUCAUUAUGCAAUUAGAGAUGGCUAUUCAGAGGAGAUUGCUGAAGCCUUGUUAGAAAUCACACUUCCUAGGUUUUCUGGAGACAUGCUUCCAAAAACUGACGUGGGAAUAAUUCUUGCAAUAGCUGAUCGAUUAGAUAGCCUUGUUGGCUUAUUUGCUGCUGGUUGUCAGCCUAGCUCAACUAGUGACCCGUUUUGCCUAAGAAGAAUCUCUUAUGGCCUAGUCCAGAUAUUGGUGGAAAAUGGAUUUAAAACAUGCUUUGGAACUUGCUGCUGAUAUUCAGCCAAUUAAAGUGGAAGAAACCACAAUAGA